AGGUUAGCACGCGCUUACCCGAGAAACAACAAAGAGAGAAGACGAAGAAGAAUCAUGCUGUCCCUGAAGCGAAGAAGGAGGAAGUGUUGAUUUUUCUUAUGUGGUUCACUGGCGACCAUCGUCACACUGUUUGGCUUUUAAACAUCAGCAGGAUCCAGAGAAAUCCACGAUGAACCUGGAGCGACUGCCCAAUGAGGAGAAGCUCGGCCUAUGCAGAAAAUACUACUUAGCUGGCUUUGCGUUCCUCCCAUUCCUCUGGCUGGUCAAUGUGGUUUGGUUUUUUCGGGAGGCCUUUGUGAAACCAACCUACACUGAACAACUCCAGAUAAAAACAUAUGUGAAGCGGUCAGGGCUGGGGUUGCUGUUAUGGGUAGCAGUGCUCACCACAUGGAUUUCCAUCUUCCAGCACUUCAGAGCAGAGUGGGGGGCAGUGGGAGAUUACCUCUCCUUUACAAUUCCACUGGGCAUUCCCUGAGAUGCUUUUUGACAAUAGGUCUUUUGAGAAUAACAAAUGAACCACUGUAAUGGACCAAAAAAAAAAUCUUCGGUGAAAUAUUUGGGUGAUUUGUCUGGAGCAAAAUUCAACAGCUAAAUAACAUGUUAACAGAGUCUUCAUGUCUUCAAAAGAUAAACGCUGUGGGACUUGACAUUUUUCUUUUUUUGUGCUAACCUAGGAAACCAAUAAAGUUUUUAGAGUAGGCUAAUUAAUCUUGUAUAGCAGACAGUGUCGACUGUCAUGUACAGUAUCUAAUGACAAAACUGGAUGUGCAUUGAGGUUUGUUCAGGAUAUUGAACAAUUGAUUCAACAUUUUUUUUCCCCUUCACUUAAAAAUGUUUUUUGUUAUUGUUUGUAUGUGAUUGUGCACCCAAAACAAUUUUUACUUGUCUAUGAAUGGUGAAUAAAAACUAUCAAAACUUC